CGGCGCCGACUGUGGUAUCAUGCAGCUCCUUUACUGGCUAGAGCCCGAAGACCGUGCCGCGUACCUUUCGUUGUUAAAUUGUAAGCCGGAGAAGGAGUGUGGACCUGCUGCAGGUAUUCUUAGAACGAAUGCAAUUGCGUUGGAUUUCGGAGGGUCUAAGUUCUGUUCGGAGUAUGCUGCGGUUUGUCGUGAUAUUUCGCUUGCCAACCAUAGCUGUACACCGAAUGCUGGAUACCAUUCCGACCAAAAGACAGUCACAUUCGAGCUUCGUGCAGAUUGCGACAUCGAGUCGGGAGAAGAGAUCUGCAUCCGCUAUACUGAGAUCCUCACAACGCGGGAUGCCCGCCUGGAGGAGUUACAGACGAAAUACGGAUUUCGUUGCGCCUGUUCAGACUGUGCUGAUACACCUAAGAACAUAGCUAAGGUAAGGAAGACAGAAGGAAAUUCAUAGCGGACGCUAUAUCGUCUCUUGAGAAACGUAUGCACGAGUGGAUGUCAUGCCGUCCGCAAUCACGAGUAACACUCGCGAAUCGUGAGAUCGAGUAUUGUAUACAGAUUCUGCGCGCAGUGGACGGCGAGAAAGCGUAUUAUGGUGAGCGUAUGCAGGUUUCUCAGCACCUUGGGUAUAUGUACGGCGGGCUUGGCGAUAGAGAGAACUUCAAGAAGUGGAGCUGCGAAACAGCAGCCUUGCUUAGGAAAGGUGGGAAUGCAGUGUAUAUCAUGUGGGAUUGCUGGCAUGCGAACCCGUCGACGUUUGCACUCUGGAAUAUAGUAGCCGACCCGAGAAAGGUUGUAACCAAGGAAAAGGACAUUGCGUAGUCAUUUUUAAAGAAGUUGCAACGAUGUAGCAAUGCCUUAGUAGAUUCAUAAACAGCAGAUACUGAGUUGUCUCUCGUUAUGUCU